AGACAUAGUUGCUUUGCUCGUCGUCUGCUGAGUGAAUUGUUCCGAUGGCUGGCUGUGGUCGAUGGUGAUGUGUGGUUGUAUGUAAAGUGGGCGUGUAAAUGUUGUUGCUUAUGAACAGCUGUGUGUUGUGAAAUGCUUGAGUGGGAAGGAAUUUUAAUGUGAUUCUGCUGUCGGUUCAUAUGUGUUGAAAUAAAAUGGCAACUUCAACAGGAGACAAAACUGUUAACAAAGUAGCAUUAUGUUCCGCGAUUUUUGCUGGAUUUGCUUAUGUGGGAUAUUCUGUUGUACGCACAGCUUUUUGUCGGAAACUUGGACGACGUGAUGGUGAUGACUUCCCGCCAGAGCACCGGCUGUACUUUCGGCGGCUGUCGCAGACGACACAGACAGACGUGCUGCUGGGCAACCUGGACGUGUCCGGAUCGGGUAAGGUGAUCCUGCGGCCGCUGACCGUGCAGGAGCGCAUCAGGGAGCUUAACCUGCGCGCACGGAUGUUCACUGACACAAUGCUCGCCAUCCAGACGGGUGGCGCCUCUGGAUCAUCGCCGCGGCACAGCCCGCUGCCAGGCCCACGCAGCCUCCAGUGCUCACCAUGGAGCUCUCCACGCAUUCUCAGUCCAGUGGAUGUACGGCACAUUCUGGCCAGCCGAUCUACAGAGAAUCUCAGUGCUUUGCACAUCCAUGGAGAGGCAGAACUCCUGGGAUCCCCCAUGCGCAGACGAUGGGCACGGCGUUCUCUUCGUGGUCGCCAACAGACACAGUCACGAUCCAGCUCAGCUGCCUCAGAAAAGGACAAGGAGGAGGACACGAAGAGAGAGGCUGAGAAGCUGCUCAGGGAUGGAGAGGAAGAGCUUCGUUUGCGGCUUGACACACUCAGUGUGAGACACAGGGUUAUUACAGCAAAUGAAGCUAAAAGUCUGGUUGCACUUCUUCACACUAAUGACGACCUGCUACUGGAGAGAACUCUGAUGACAAUUGGAAAUUGUGGGACAUUCUCUGCAAAUCAGGAUACUCUGAGGGAAGCUGGUUGCCUCUUCAGACUUCAGAAUCUGCUUACUCAUCCCAGACUUGCAGUCAAGCUAGCAGCCAUUAAAGCUCUAGGGAAUCUUGCUUUGAACCAAGAAAAUCAGAAGGAACUGAAAGGUGUGAUUCCUAUUCUACUGAGUUAUGUACUCAGAGAAAGACAGAGUGAAAAACUUGUUAUGAGUUCACUAGUGACGCUGACCAAUAUAGCAGCUCUUCCAGAUUGGCAUGAUGAGUAUUAUUCUUUGUUACACACUCUCUACAAUCUUGUGGAUUCAGCCCCCCCUCAGAUGAAGCUACAGGCUCUUAAACUUCUGGUGAAUCUUUCAUGCAAUGAGGAUAUGGUGCCUAGUCUACUUGCAGCUCAGGCUCCUCGAAGGCUUAUAUAUUUACUCGACCCAUCUACAAAUGAAGAAAUACUGCUUCGAGUAACAACUCUCUUAGCGAAUUUGACAACUGUUGCAAAGGACCAGAAUUUGGAUCCAACAAUUGAUUUGCCAGCAGAAGAUAAAGCAGCUUCACCAGAUACAAUCAGGUAUGCAGCAAUUUAUGGCGUCAACAUACGGGAAAAGGUGUUAAGUAAAGUAUUUGUUCUCAUGAAUCAACAUAAAAAUGAAGACAUCCGCUUCCAGGCAAGGAAAAUUUAUGAUGUUAUAAGAUCCUGAAAGAGGGUUAGGUACAAUGUAUUUGAGGGCAUCAGGUAUCCAAUGAUCAUAGUCACAUCUCAUUAAAGGUGUAAAGUGUGUGCUGCUUGUAGACUGCACAGAAUUGAAGUAGACAUGUAAUAGAUAUGUUGAAGGUGUAAUGCAUUAUAAGCAGUAUACAGAGAUUGCCUAAUGAUGUCUCUUAAACACUAUUGUACCAAUAAUUGCUGGAAUUGAAUUGGUGUAAUAUCACAUUGAAUGUUGAUGUCUGACCAUUUUUUUCGUGAAACUUAGCAGAAUUUCUGGUUAUGUAACUGUGUAAAGAAAACAAUUUUACUGCUGUUGACAGAACAGUGGUUCUUUCUUUCAUGUUUUCAUGUGUCAUUGCUAUUUAAUUAUUCAAACAGAGUAAAUUUUUCCGUGGCAAUGCCUUUUAUCAGAAGUGAAAUAGUAUAUAUAAACCUGGUACGAGAAAAGAAUGAAUGUUUCAUAUACACAAAUUACUUGGUUGUGAAUAUUUAUUAGGUGUACUUAGUUUUAAUAUGCUGCCAAAGCACCAUUCAUUUAGUCAGCAGUGUUGUAGAUGGUAAGUGUUCCUAAUUUGCUUAAAUGCUGAUGCAUUUAUGAAGUAUGUGUGACUGUAGAUUCAGUGUUGUUCAGAGAGAAAAAAAAGAUCUGAUGCUAAAAUCACCAUUAAUAAUUUGCCGACUGGAUAAUGUUAUUUCCGCUUAUAAUACCAAUAAUCAAAUUCACAAGUUUGUGUGUUACUCACUUAGGUCCUUUCUCCUUCUCUUUUAUCAUAUUUCACUUACCUUCAGAAUUCCAUUUUUAUAUUCUUCUUAUUUACCAGAGUUACUGCAUUGCUGAUGAUGCUAUACAUAAAUUUAGCAUACACAUUUUAUUUAUGAUAAACAUGUUUUUGUGAUUUCCUUAACAUAUCACAUAGUAACAGCUUCUCUACAUUCCACCAAUUGUGAAAAAUAAAACCACAAAUGUAAAUAAAUGAUGAAGGUGCUUUUCUCUUGAAUCCUUCCAUCCCCCAUUAUCCAUUUGAAGCAGUGCUGAAUGUAACUGAAAGAGAGAUUUCUGUGGAAAUGGUACAUUCCUGAAUACUGUUAAAUGUGUGCUUAGUACACCACUUGACACCUGCAUAUAUUAAUUGAGCUGUUUUAUUGCUCCAAUAAUAUAACUUGUUGGUUUUAAUUAUGUGCUUCAUCUUAUGAGAGGAAAACUGUAGUUUGUUAUUUUGUAGGCAGAUGUUGGUGAAUAUUCAGUGCAAUCACACACAGCCAGACAACUGGUGAAUUGUAUUGCCCAGAGCUAUUUUUGUAAUUAUUGUUGUAAUUAUUGCAGGUAAAUUUAAAUUAACAUUACUCACUAUUUUGUAAUAUGCACAAUUUGAUCUGAUAUGUAUGUAAAUUUGCAUAGAUUCUGUCCCCUGAUAUCGCUUAUUUUCUAAAUAAAUAAAUAAAUAUAUAUAUAUAAACACACACACACUCAUACAUAAAAUAAAAUUAUCGUGUAUUCUUAAUGUAAAUAUAAUCUUUGUGGUUGAAUUGAUAAGAGUCAGCCAUGUGAAACUAAUGUAAAGUUGAUGACCUGACAAGACAUGAAAAAUUCCAUAACACAUGUGAUUUUGCUUGACUGACACACAAUGUUCGCUUCUUGUACUAUGACUGAUGGUGCUUCUGUGUUGCGUAUUUAAAUUUUGACUGUAAUGCUACUUAUCUGCCAAUUUUUGUAUGUAAAUAGUUCAUUUUAUUUUUAUUCUGUUAUAUGUUACAUUAUUUUGAGUGUAACAUAUCAGAAUUACUUAAAUUAUGAUUUUUUGUUUCAAUUUUCUGCCCAUAUUACAAGGCAGAUGGUAUCAGGUCCCAAUAAUGGGCAAAUGAAAUGUACGAGUAUCUUGUACUUAUAGUGUUCUGCAUUAAUACACAUUAUUUUGGUUUAAUUUACUUUGUAUGAUGUGAAUGAGUGCCUCCUUCCCUAAAAAAAUGUGAAGAAUAAAGUAGUAUAACAAAAUAUUUAAAUAAUAAAAUAUUAAUAAAACGCAAUUGCCUGCCUCACCAGGUGUGCACUCAAUGUCUGUUUUAUAGUUUUAGUCAUUAACAACAUUAUUGUCAUAUUCUUGUGAGGAAGUGUUUUUUCGUGUUCUGUGGAAAAGACAUGGUAGUUUAUGAUAAAACUUAUUUGAUGCAUGAAGGUACUUUGCCGAACCUAGAAAUAACCAUUCGGUUUUCAAAUACUCAUGUGUUUACAAUCUCCAUUAGGGGGAAAAAUGUAACAACAAUGUAAUUAUUUAUAAACGAUGUGGAAUUUGUUAUCAGAAAAUAUGUGACAAAUGCUUUCUUCUAUACAUAUAGCAUAAGAAUUCUAUAACAAAAGAGGUUAAAUUGCAAUAUCAAUAUAUUUCAUUUCACAGAA